AUGCUCCUUCAAGGCAAGGGUGGCGGCGAGGCGCAGGGGACGCUCUCGCUGGAAUCUUCGCCUGCUGUCGCCGAUCGACUGUAUGAGGAGGAAGGCAUAAACAUUGGUCGGGAGGGCCUACUGAGCAGGCGCCCUCUAAGGUCGCUCGUCCCCGCUCUGCUCUCAUUCGCUGUUACAUCUCUGAUUCCGUUUGAGCUCUGGACCACGGGCGGCCCCGGAGAACAGAAGCUGCCCUCCCCUUUCCCCACCUGGAGUGCCGUCCUCUGA